UCGGCUCGGUGGCUAGUCUGUUGUUGAGUCUCGCCUGAAUCGGUCGCAAUCCGUCUUAUUUACAGUCCAGCAUCACAAUCAAUUCAAGUGAUAACGUGGGAAACAAAGGCAUCGAAGAUGGGGCAAUCGCUGCCACUGCUCAUCCGCUUGGUUGUCGUCGUCUGGUUGACAAUUAACACCGUCACAGCCUGUCCCCGGGCACCCACCCACUUGCCCCAUGGUCGGCGCACACGCGGCGACAAUGGAUACAAACUAAUUGUCGCCGAUGGACCCAACGGAUAUGUGCCCGGCAAGACAUAUAAUUUACUUCUUCUAGGAUCUCGAACCCACUCGAAAAUCCAGCACUUCACCCACUUCACCAUCGCUGCUGAGGCCCACACAGGAGCUAGGCGUCCCCAGGCAGCAAGUCCGAGACGCGUAGGCCGAUUCCAACUGUUCAGCGAUUCCCUAACCCAGUUUAAUGAUCGCUGUGUGAACACGGUUUCCGAGGCCGAUGAUCUUCCCAAAACUGAGAUUCAGGUGAUGUGGGUCGCCCCUGAGGCGGGUUCUGGCUGCGUCUCCCUGUCGGCAAUGGUCUAUGAAGGCCCUAGAGCAUGGUUUGCAGAUGAUGGCCAUCUUUCCACGGUGAUUUGCGAGAGGAAACCGGAUGCGGCGGCUGCCCAAAAAGAGUGUUGCGCCUGCGAUGAAGCCAAAUACAGUUUCGUUUUCGAGGGCAUUUGGUCGAAUGAAACUCAUCCCAAGGACUACCCCUUUGCUAUCUGGCUGACCCAUUUCUCGGAUGUGAUUGGAGCCUCUCACGAAUCAAACUUUUCCUUCUGGGGUGAAAAUCACAUAGCCACCGCUGGAUUCCGUUCCCUGGCCGAGUGGGGCUCUCCAUCUGCCCUGGAAACGGAGCUGCGAGCCAUUGGCCCUAAGCUCCGCACUCUGAUCAAGGCCGCUGGCUUGUGGUAUCCGCAUGUUAAUCAGAACACCUCUUCCAAGUUCCGCGUGGAUCGUAAGCAUCCAAAGGUGUCGCUGGUCUCUAUGUUUGGUCCGUCUCCGGAUUGGGUAGUGGGCAUUAGUGGUGUGGAUCUUUGUACUGAGGAUUGUAGCUGGAAGGAAUCAAUGGACUUUGAUCUCUAUCCAUGGGAUGCAGGCACUGACAGUGGCAUUUCCUAUAUGUCCCCCAAUUCGGAGACUCAGCCUCCGGAGCGAAUGUACCGUAUCACUACAAUGUAUCCUGAGGAUCCCCGAGCUCCUUUCUAUAAUCCAAAAAGUCGCGAAAUGACUCCGUUGGCCAAGUUAUAUGUCCGCCGUGAGAAGAUUGUUUCCCGUAACUGCGAUGAUGAGUUCCUUCAAGCCCUCCAGGUGGAAACGUCCGAUGACGCCGAAGAGCAGGACACUAGAGCUGAAUGCCGUGUGAGUGAGUUCUCGGCCUGGAGUCCCUGCUCGGUGACCUGCGGUAAGGGUAUCCGGAUGCGCAGUCGCCAGUAUUUGUAUGGCCAGGCGGCGGAGCAGGCCAAGUGCAGUCGCCAACUAAUCAGCAAGGAAAUGUGCGUGGCGGCGAUACCCGAGUGCGCCGGUGGUUCCACCUCCGGCCGAGAUCGAGACGAGGACGAGGGCGAAAAUCUGGCCAACUCACAGUCCUUGGUGGGAGACAAUGGCGAAGGAGCCGGUCUUUGUAAGACUUCGCCCUGGAGCGUGUGGUCGGAGUGCUCCGCCAGCUGUGGCAUCGGAAUCACCAUGCGUACGCGAACCUUCGUCAACCAUCUUGGUCGCAAGCGCUGCCCCCACAUCACGGUGGUGGAGAAAAACAAGUGCAUGCGGCCAGAGUGCACGUACGAGCAGGUGGAGUUGCCCGAUCCAAUGUGCCCAACCACCCAGUGGAGCGAUUGGAGCCCGUGCACCUCCACUUGCGGCAAGGGCGUGACCAUCCGCACCCGCUUGUUGCUGCUGGAAAAUGGCCCCGAGAAGGAGAACUGCACACGUCGCAUGGAACUGCACCAGCAGAAGGAGUGCAAUAAUCCCACCGACUGCCACAUUAAUGCCGAACAGGCCAAGGAGAUAUGUGUCCAGGGUCCGGAUACGGGUCCAUGCCGUGGAAACUACAUGCGCUACGCCUACAAUCCUCAGACCCAGAGCUGUGACGCCUUCAACUAUGGAGGAUGUCGGGGCAACAGGAAUAACUUCCUUACCGAGAACGAUUGCCUGCACACCUGCAACUCCAUCAGAGGAGCUAAGGUCUCUGGAAACCCCAGGGAGUGUGUCCUGUCCGAGUGGUCUGGCUGGUCCGCCUGCAGUGUCUCCUGUGGCGCUGGCUUCUCCGAGAGCCGACGUCAUGUCAUCAGCGAGGCCCAGAACGGAGGUCGUCCUUGUUCCAAAAAGCUGGUCAAGCAUCGUCCCUGCACAAUGCCAUCCUGCUAGGCCAUCC